CAGGAAAGAAAUUUUUUAUCAUCUUUAAAAGAUGACGGUCCUUUUCGAAAAUGUGCCUGCAUUAAAAAAAAUAUAGGUACUCAAAACACCGUGCACCGAUUUCAGGGAUUGGAGUGACAAUCAAUUCGUAUGAACAUUUGUAACAAAAAAAUAAAAUUUUCAAUAUAGCUCGCUGGAAAGUUAUACGGCAAAAUACAAUCUGCCUGUUAUACAUUUAUACCAAUGUUAAAUAAUUUGCGACAAACUAUAAAUACUUCAUAUAGCUAGACGGCAGUCUGGGGAGCAAAAAAGGUGUAAAAAACAGGUAAUAAUAAAACAAUUAGAAAUGAUUAGGCUAAGAUAUUUUAAGCUUUAAAAACUGGUCUGCAUUGUUCGUCAUUGAACUGCGAACUUUGGAUGUGCUCUAUCGUGUUCAUCUGCUAAUAUUUAGUGUUUAUUUAUUAUUUGAUAAAGCUUUUGAAAAGUGCAGUCGAGGGUGUGAUGUUAUUCAAGAAUGAUUUUUUUGUGUUAUUAUGUCUUGUGUUCAUUCAAGCUUCAGCCAUAACUCAGUCAAUGGAAAUCUUAGAAAACUUCCAACAGGAAGAGGAGGAAAAAUGGAUUUGGGGUGUCUCACCAGCUAGCAACGAAAAUAAAACACAAAAUAGGCUCUCCAGGCUUUCUGAGUCUGACAACGUCACUGAAACACAAGUGAAUCCAUGCGAAAUCGAACCUCCAAAAAUGCCCGACUACAAAGCGCCGGGUCGUAGGAUAAGUAGCGUGAAAUGUUUGGAGUAUAUUUGGACCAUCACAGCACGCGAGGAUGAACAUAUAAGGCUAGAAGAAUGUGAAAAAUUUCUUCAUGGUACUGUGGUGCUACCUGCUAUUGGUGGCCGAGUGACAGACCCUGGGGAAUUCCCACACAUGGGUGCCAUCGGCUGGAAGGCGUCAGUGGGCCAGUGGGUGUUCAAGUGCGGUGGUUCCCUCAUCAGUAACAAGUUUGUAUUGACCGCGGCGCAUUGCUCUAAGGCUUCUGAAAGGGACACGACCAUCGCCGACGUCGAUCCCAAGAUUGUGAGGUUGGCCGACAGAAAUAUACUGGAAAGAGAUAUUUAUGGAUACAAUAAUGCACAUUUGGAUGCAACAAUUUUGAGAGUUAUUAAUCAUCCGGAUUACAAACCACCGAAAAAGUAUAACGAUAUAGCCAUCAUAGAAUUAAAGAACGCAGUUGGAUUUGACAAGUAUGUGCAACCGGCAUGCCUUUACACCGGUCCUGAUACGGAACUAUCUGGGAAAAAAGCCUCGAUGACUGAAUGGGGUGUCGUGGAAACAGUUAAUCGCACCAUAUCUCCUGAUCUUCAAGUGGUGGAAUUAGAUCUGUUAGAUUCCCACCUGUGCGAUGAUUUGUUAAAUACGUCGUGCAACCGGCUAUGGUGCGGUAUGCAGGAUCAUCAGAUCUGUGCAGGAGUCUUAGCGGGAGGCAUUGAUGCUUGCCAGGGUGACUCCGGCGGUCCAUUACAACUCAAAAUACUUCUUCAACAGCGGCGACCCUUUUGCUCUUUGAAUCACUCCUGUAUGCGCAUGUAUAACAUAAUCGGUGUAACGUCAUUCGGAGUGGGCUGCGCUCUCCCAAACCUACCUGGCGUCUACACCAGGGUCUCCAGCUACCUCGACUGGAUUGAAGGCAUCGUCUGGAAAUAAAUAAAUAUGUACCUGGCUAUCGGCUAUAAAAUCG